CAUAUAUUGUGCAGUCCCAGCAGCUUUAGGCGGCUGCCGCGCUGCUCGGCCCGGCUCACCGUUACCUAGGACUGGCGUCGCACCCUCAACUCUCAACUGUAUACGUGGUGCUUACACGUCGUUUACCUAGCCUCUAGUCUGCCGAUGAAGCUCCUUCUGCGCUUCUGGGUGCCCCGACGCGUUCGGAGACUAUCCGUGAAGACCUACGGCGGACCGUACCUCGGGCACCACCGAAGCUCAUUUGACAUAUUAGAGCGGCGUCAACGUGCCUACUGUUCCUCAUUGUAUCGCUCUCGUAGACAGCCCCUCGCCUUGGUUUUCGUCACGCCCGCAUUCACACUCUCUCCCAUGACAUUCUUCGCAAAGCUGACCAGAGGUCGCCAGGCGGAUCCUCUACCAGCCUCAACCCUGGUCCCUGGAGAUUCUCUCUGGAACCAACUGGUGUUCCCAAGGGCUUGCAAGAUUGCAUCUGAUUGCACGAGAAGAUGCGAUGUCGCAGGAGAGGUGCGGCCAAUGCGGACAUCACACAUGCCUGGAGCUGCCGGACGUCGUGGCGGCUGGCCAUAACGUCGCGACAACGGCCCAGUGAUGAGCUCGAAAGAUGCCCUUACUCCACCCCAUCUCUGUGAGGCUCGGCCAACGUGAAUAUUUGUAUAUCACAGUAGCCAGCUCUUGGAGAAACAAUCGCUGCGCAGGUUCCCUUUCGUUCGAACUCAUAGUCCAUCCUUGUCCUUCCUGAAGACCGCACC